CCCGCGGCUCUGAAAGGAAGCGGAAGCUGCUGCAGCCUCGAAAGGAGGUCGUUCUCAGCACAGUAGUGUAUCCCGCGGCUCAGUGGGAUGUCUAGCAACAGUAUGGCAGAUCCGCGGCGUCCCAACCGCAUUCUCAGAUACAAGCCUCCAACUACAGAAAACAACCCUACUUUAGAGGAUCCUACACCAGAUUAUAUGAAUUUGCUAGGGAUGAUUUUCAGCAUGUGUGGCUUAAUGCUAAAAUUAAAAUGGUGUGCUUGGAUUGCUGUCUACUGCUCAUUUAUCAGUUUUGCCAAUUCUAGAAGCUCAGAAGACACCAAACAGAUGAUGAGCAGUUUCAUGUUGUCUAUUUCUGCUGUAGUGAUGUCCUAUCUUCAAAAUCCUCAGCCCAUGUCUCCUCCUUGGUGAAAAGAUAACACUUUUCUUUAAAACUCAUCUUCCCAAGUAGAUAGGUUAUCCUGUUCAAAGUGAAAGGUUUUCUUACACAACAUAAAUUUAAUUGCACAGGUAUACCAUUGCAGCAUAUUGGGAAUAUUUACUUUGCUAUAUCAAUAAAGUAAUUAUUGUUAAAUAUGCA